AUGGAGGCAAUAGCACAACACGAUUUCAAUGCUAAUGAAGAUGAUGAGUUGAGCUUUCGGCAAGGAGAUAUUAUCAAAAUUCUGAAUAAGGAUGAGGAUCCUCAUUGGUUUAAAGCUGAGUUUAGAGGAGUUGAAGGAUUCGUCCCUUCAAAUUACAUAAAAAUGAGUGAUACUCCAUGGUAUUUGGGAAAGUUUUCACGUAGUGAUGCUGAAAACUUAUUACGGAAGCCAUCCACUGAAGAUGGUAACUUCCUGGUUCGCCAAUGCGAAAGUACUCCAGGAGAUUUUAGUAUUUCUGUUAAUUCUGUUUUCCGAUUUCAAAAUGAUGUCCAACAUUUCAAAGUCUUACGUGACAACACUGGUAAAUAUCUUUUAUGGUCGAAAAAAUUUAAUUCACUGAAUGAAUUGAUUCAAUACCACAGAACAGCUUCUGUAGCUCGACAGUCCACUAUACUACUGAAAGAUUUAGCAUUUGAAACACGUUUUGUACAAGCCCUCUUUGAUUUUACUCCUGCUGAAGAAGGUGAAUUAGGCUUCAAGAGAGGAGAUGUUAUAACAGUUGUGAAUAAAGACGAUAUUCACUGGUGGGAAGGCCUUUUCAACAAUAGGCGUGGAUUAUUUCCUUCUAACUACGUAUGCCCGUACAAUCCAUCGUUACCAAAUUUAUGA